UUAGGUGAAAUAUUUUUUUUUUUUUUUUUUAUUUAUAAUAAUAAAAUCCACCCCGGUCUCGUGUCUCUCUCCCCUUAUCAUCAUUUUUUUUUUAACACAAUUUCUCUCUGUCAUUAAAAAAUAGAGAGAGAAAAAAAUAUACCAUCACUAUUAAAAAUAGUAAAUAGUUUAUAUUAAUUAAGUAUGGCUGGAAUAAUGCUGUCAAAUUGUUCACGAAUAAUACCUCGUGCAUUGACAAGAAUCACAACUUCAUCGCGUGUCAGGGUUGCAAGAUCUCUUCAUCAAGAAGGACGUAUUUUGCGAUUGAGAACAAAAUGUAACAUUACCAAUGAAUUUAAACAAGUUAAUACUCAUCCUUGGAGUAUUCAAACAAGACAAAUUCGUUCAUCUCAAGUAUUAUGGGAAAUGAAGGAUGUUGUUGUUCCUCCAUUUGCUGAUAGUAUCAGUGAGGGUGAUGUGAGGUGGGAAAAAAAAGCUGGUGAUCAAGUUAAAGAAGAUGAUGUUAUUUGUGAGAUCGAAACAGACAAGACCUCAGUACCAGUUCCAGCACCAGGUUCAGGAGUUAUUAAAGAAAUAUUUGUUGAAGAUGGGACAACAGUUAAACCUGGAACAAAGCUAUGCAACAUUGAUAUUGGUGCAACUGGUGGUGCAUCAUCAGAACCAGCAGCUGAAGCUCCAAAAGCUGCUGCUGCUCCACCACCACCACCACCAUCUGCACCAACACCAGCAGCAUCAGCUGCACCAUCACCACCACCACCAGCACAAGCACCUGCAGCACCAUUACCACCUCCAACAAGACCACCUCAAGCAUCACCAACAACAUCAAUGCCAGUUGCAGCAAUAAAACAUGCUCAAUCACUUGAAGGUGCCAAAGUUCAACUUCCUCCAACUGAUUACAGUCGUGAAAUAAUUGGUACAAGAACAGAACAACGUGUUAAAAUGAAUCGUAUGCGCUUGAGAAUUGCUGAACGUCUUAAGGAUGCACAAAAUACAAAUGCAAUGUUAACAACAUUCAAUGAAAUAGACAUGAGUCAUAUUAUGGAUUUUCGUAAAUCUCAUCAAGAUUUAUUUGUUAAAAAAUAUGGUAUUAAAAUGGGUUUUAUGUCACCAUUUAUUGCAGCAAGUUCAUAUGCAUUAAAAGAUCAACCAGUUGUUAAUGCUGUUAUUGAUGGUGGUGAUAUUGUUUAUCGUGAUUAUGUUGAUGUAUCUGUUGCUGUUGCAACACCAAAAGGACUUGUUGUACCAGUUUUACGUAGUGUUGAAAAUAAAAAUUUUGCUGAAAUUGAAAUAGCACUUGCUGCUAUUGGUGAUAAAGCUAGAAAAGGUAAAAUAUCUGUUGAAGAUAUGGAUGGUGGUACAUUUACAAUAAGUAAUGGUGGUGUAUUUGGAUCAUUGAUGGGUACACCAAUUAUUAAUCCACCACAAAGUGCUAUUCUUGGAAUGCAUGGUGUAUUUGAUAGACCAAUUGCUGUCAAAGGACAGGUUGUCAUUCGUCCAAUGAUGUAUGUUGCUUUGACAUACGAUCAUCGAUUGAUUGAUGGACGUGAAGCUGUUGUGUUCCUUAAAAAAAUCAAAGAAGCUGUUGAAGAUCCACGAAUUAUUCUUGCUGGUCUUUAAAUACUUUAUAACAUUUUAAUAAAUCGCAUUGCACGCAAUUUUAACAGCGAUUAUGUACAGCAUAUUUAGUAAUUAUAAAUACUCUCCAACACUUAAAAGUUAUCUAUAUAAUUUUAUCAAUAUAUUCAAUGACGAACUUGAAUUUUUAUUUUCAAAAAAUAACAAACAAAUUUUAUAACUCUUGAAGAGGAUUUUCACAAUUAGUGAGCUAUUUGUUGUACAUAAUAAUUUUCUUAAUAAUUUUGUUGAUUAUAACAAGAUAAUAAAAAAUCAUUAAAAAAUAAUUAUCAAAAAAAAAAAAA